UUACUCGCGGCCGGUUUCCGACUUCAGGGAAGUGAUGAAUCCAAAAACACCUUCCAGUGCCAUAUAAAGUGGCACAAUCAGCACCCGGUUGCAUCUCGCGUUACGGCCACAUACCAAAACGUCACUGGCACUGAUGUCGGCAGCCACGCGCGUAGCCCAUAA